AUGGAUUUGGUAGAUGUCCCUUGCACAGGGGGAAGUAACACUUGGUUUAGAGGAAAUGGGAAGGCUAUGAGCAGGUUGGAUAGGUUCCUGUUAUCCAAUAAAUUGAUAGAAGAAUGGAAUGUUACUGAUCAAAGGGUAGGGAAGAGAGACAUUUCUGACCAUAGCCCAAUUUGGCUCAAUUCAGGCAAGAAGAAUUGGGGUCCAAAACCCUUUAGAUUCAAUAACGCUUGGUUUAAUCACGAGUUAUUCAAGCCGUUUAUCAAGGAGGAGUGGUCAAAGUUGAUAGUGGAAGGGAAUGGUGACUUCAUUUUGUAUGAGAAGCUCAAGUUGCUAAAGCAAAGGAUUAGAGAUUGGAACCGUGACGUUUUUGGGUGGAUUGACCUUAGGGUGAUCCAAAAUGUGGACAAUCUUAAUGAAUUGGAUAGCUUGUUGGUCGAUCAUUUUGGAGGCAAUAUAAGGGACUUGGUUACUAAUAGGAGCAAAGUAACGAAAGAGAUUUGGAACACUUUGAACAUGAAAGAAAGUAUGAUACGCUUGAAGUCAAGGCAAUUGUGGUUAGAAGAGGGUAACAAGAAUACUCGUUUCUUUCACAAUUCUUUGAAAGAAAGAUAUAGAAGAAAUAUUAUUCUUGCGGUAGAAGGAGAAAAUGGUAUUGAGGAAGGAGUAGAAGAGAUAAAAGGAAUAGUCAAAACUCACUUUGAGGAUUUCUUCAAAGAAGGCAAUGAGAAUCGUGCCGUUCCCGAAGGCAUUGGCUUUAAGAAGCUCAACAUGGAAGAAAGUAAAUUCAUGACUGACUUUCACAGGACAGCAAAACUUACUAAAGUUCUUACGUCAUCUUUCACCACUCUAAUCCCGAAGGUUAAUAACCCACAAUCUUUGAAGGAAUACAGGCCCAUUUGUUUGGUGGGGAGCCUACACAAGAUUCUCACCAAACUUCUAGCAGCAAAGGUUAAAAAGUGUACUUGGAAAAUUGAUAUCGGAGAACCAAACAGCUUUUAUACCGGGAAGGCACAUAACAGACGGGAUUUUGGUUAUUAA